CUCUCAUACGAAAAUAAACGUAAAUAAGUCUAAGCAAUAUAAGCCUUAACAACGAAAUUAUUUGAAAGACUGCUUUGUUGGCGAUUAUAGAAUACUUUAUUACCAUAAAGAGAUCGAAGCUGAGACUGCAUAGAAAAUACCCACCCACCAUCCCAAAAAGAGCGUUAUUUGAUUGCGAUUAGAAGCGUUCGUAAACAACGGAUAAGACUGAAUAAUAUCAGCUGUACGUUUCUCGUCGUCUUUUGGCCACAUCACAACGCUCUCCGCGAUCGAGGCUUAGCUUUAAAGUAUAGGAUAUAUAGGACACCGAUCCCACGAUGUGUGUGAUAUUCUUCUGUGCGGACUCAAAUCCUCAGCCGGGUGGCUACAAGCUGAUUUUAGCCUCCAAUCGGGAUGAGUACUUUGCCCGGGCGACCCGAUCAGUGUCCAAAUGGCCGAAUGCAGAUCACGUUUACGGUGGUGUUGAUUUGGAACCAGGACGCGAGGGCGGAACCUGGCUGGCGAUCAGCCACUCGGCGGGCUUCUUCAAGGUGGGCGCCCUGCUCAACCUGACCGGCGAGCCGAAGCCCCGCGAUGCAGUUGCGCACAAGAACAUAUUGCAACCGCAUAAUCACAACAGCAACAGCCUCGGCAUUAACCACUGCCCCUCGCCCAAGCCCACCACCUCCAACAAUCGAUCUAGCCAUCCAAGUAGGGAGCAUUCGAAUAACGAACAUUUCCUCCUAGGACGCGGCAUGAUCGUGGCGGACUAUGUCUCCCGGACGGACGAAGAGCAUGACAUCCUCAACUACAAUCGAAACCUGCUCAAGGACUGCACCAAGUACACUGCCUUUAACUUUGCGUCCAUCGAGAUUGGGCCGUCAACUCAGCCCGCACGCGUGAAUCUGCUGAGCAACAAGCCACCAACUUUGGAGGAGUUCAGGAACGGUGAAUGCUACGGAUUCGGCAACAGUCUGCCGCACACUCCCUUCGAGAAGGUGCGUCAUGGUCGACAGGAGUUCGAGACGAUCGUAAAGGAGCACGGCGACUCCAGCGUUGAGAUGCUGACCAACAACCUGAUGGAGUUGCUGCGGAAAAAGCACAAAUUCUGGCCCGAUGUGGAGCUGAAGAGGCGUGCACCCAACUGGGGCGAAGGUUUAAGUUCCAUUAACGUUCACAUCGAGGAGCAUGCGUAUGGCAGUCGCACCCACACCGUCAUCCUGGUCGACAGUCAGAAUAAGAUGCACUUCAUUGAGGAAACAAUGACUGGACUGGAUCCCAAUGGCGAGUGGAGCAGAACCCACAUUGAGAAGGAUUUCCAGGCCACCAAUUGAUUAUGCAAAAGCUUGCAUUGUGUGAAGCAUUAACCACCGGUUGAUAUAUCAGGAAUUUGGAUAUUUGUUUGCUAUUUUUUGUUUACUACCACUAAUCUGUAUUCUGACUCUUGCAUUUACGAUACUAAAUAGUUAUAGAUACUUUAUUGUAUAUAAUCCUGCCUGUUUAAAAAGGAUUUAAACUCGCUACCUGAUAUUUUUGUAUAGUUACUCAAAACUGAUAUUUAGACAUUUUUUGUUUUCAAAAUGCUUUAUUAAAACUCAAAGUCCGUGAAAGGCAAUGGUUAUAUAAAAAAAACUGUUUUCAUUUAAUACAUGUCUACCUUUUACACUUGUA